UUGUUAAGCAAGAAGAAGCCUCGUAGAAAAAGGAAAUCCCACACUUGUCCAAAAGUAGCUCCAAACCUCACAGCGCUUUCAAUCACACACACACACACACAAACGAAACCCAGCAAACCAAAAGUAGAAAAGCAGAGAAGAAGAAAAAAGGAGUAUCAGAAAUGGACUCCGUCAAGUCCUUCAAGGGCUACGGCAAAGUCGACGAGCUCGAAGAGCAGGCCUUCAAACGCAAGACCCGGAAGCGUCUCAUCAUCCUCUCAGUCUCCACGGUGGUUCUGUUGGCGGUGAUCAUCGGCGUUGUCGCGGGGGUGAUCAUACACAAGAGGAACAACUCGUCGUCUUCUGUACCCAACUCGACCCCCGGCCCCGAAUUGACUCCGGCGGCGUCGCUGAAGGCGGUUUGCGGCGUGACCCAAUACCCGAGUUCGUGUUUCUCGAGCAUCUCCGCGCUCGAGACAUCGAACAGCACCGACCCGGAAGUGAUUUUCAAGCUCUCUCUGCAGGUCGCCAUUCACGCCGCCGCGAAGCUUCCCGGGCUGCCGGCGAAAAUCGGUCUGAACAUCGCCAAUGACACCCACCUGGAGAAAGUUCUAGACGUCUGCGAGGGCCUGUUUGAAGACGUGGUUGACAGGCUCAACGACUCGCUGACCUCCAUGGAUGUGAAUCAGGGCGACAAGCUUCUCUCCGCCGCCAAAAUCAACGACAUCAAGACGUGGUUGAGCACCACAUUGACGGAUCAGGAGACUUGUUUGGACUCUCUGGCGGAUCUCAACUCGACCCUCGUUCAAGAAUUCAAGGCGGCGAUGCAGAAUACAACUGAAUUUUCGAGCAAUAGUUUGGCGAUUGUGGCGAAAAUCCUGAGCCUUCUUACGAAUUUGAACGUUCCGGUUCACCGGAGGCUGCUCGGGGUCGGAGGAUCAGAGGUGGAUUUUCCGGGUUGGAUUAGUCCGGGGGAUAGGAGGCUGCUGCAGGACAACAAUGCGACGGCGCAGAUAGUGGUGGCGAAGGAUGGGACGGGAGAUUUUAAGACGAUUCAGGAGGCGGUGGAUACGGUGCCAAAGAAGAGCAAGAACAGGAUUCUGAUUCAUGUGAAGCAAGGGGUUUAUUAUGAGAAUGUGUUGAUGGAUAAGAGCAAGUGGAAUGUGAUGAUGUUCGGAGAUGGGAAGACGAAGACGGUGGUUUCCGGCAACUUGAGCUUUGUGGACGGCACCCCCACCUUCUCCACCGCCACUUUUGCCGUCACAGGAAAAGGCUUCAUCGUGAAAGAUAUGGGAUUCUUCAACACUGCAGGAGCAAUAAAGCACCAGGCAGUGGCAUUCCGCUCUGGUUCGGACCUCUCUGUGUACUACAGAUGCUUGUUUGAUGGCUUCCAGGACACCCUCUAUGCGCAUUCCAACCGACAAUUCUAUCGGGAAUGUGACAUUACCGGCACCAUAGACUUCAUUUUUGGCAAUGCAGCUGUAGUUUUCCAGAACUGCAACAUCCAGCCCAGGCAACCUAUGGCGAACCAGUUCAACACGAUCACAGCUCAAGGCAAAAAGGACCCGAAUCAGAACACUGGCAUUUCAAUCCAAAAGUGCAGAUUGUCUGCGUUAGACAGUAAUCUCACUGCUCAAACAUAUCUGGGGAGGCCUUGGAAGGAUUACUCCACCACGGUCAUCAUGCAGUCUGACAUUAGAUCAUUCUUGAACCCAUUGGGCUGGAAGGAAUGGGUUACCAACGUUGACCCACCCAACACCAUAUUCUAUGCAGAGUACCAAAACAGUGGGCCUGGAUCAGGUGUGGAUCAAAGGGUUAAGUGGGCCGGUUACAACCCUACUCUUACAGAUGACGAGGCGGCCAAGUUCACGGUAACAUCAUUGAUCCAAGGCGGUGAGUGGUUGCCGGCAACUGAUGUGGCAUUUGAGACUACCUUGUGAUCCAAGAAAUCAAGAGUUGCUAAAAAUUCAAACGUUCAGAAAUUAAUCUCUAGAAAGAAUAUGGUUUGAUAUAUUUUCUGUAUUUUAUCGUUCUAUCGUUACAGAGUUGGUAGCCAUACAUAUCUGUUACACUUUGUGUAUCUCCUCUUCCUUUCUUGCCCUACUUUACCACUCUCCCCUGGAAAGUCAUGUAGUUACAUUCUCUUUUGAUUGUUACACUUGAAAAUACAUGAAAUAUUUCUGAUCAAGAUUUUGUUCAAAUUA